UUCAUGCUCGCCGUAGUUCGUCGUUUGUUUUUUGAUGCGGUUGUCGCAAUCUGUUUAAUCCACCAUAAUCUGUAACGUUUUUCCACAUGGAGACUGUUGAGUGUCUUAUCAUUUGGAACGACCACAAGAAAGUGAUGCACAUUGGUGGGAACAGGAAUAAGAACGAUGUUAGAAGCGCCUUUCUGACGUCUGAGCUAGGAAGAUGUGUUCCGCAAGGCUCAUCGUUAGUCAUUCAGGGAGCCAGCUCUGAGGGAAGUCAAAAAGCUGUAUAAGCUGCCUGAACCGACAUAGGACAUUCAAUGCGUCAAAUCUCUACGCCUUGGAGACAGCAUCACUUCAGAAAUGCGCAACCGCAUAGUGAAAUGGCUCCAUGCUGACAUUUUGCGCUAUGACCUACACCCAGGUAGAAAGAACUUGUACUACGAAGCUGCGAGUCAGUUGGUCUACAUGUACCCAGCUCUGAGGGAUGCAUCAGGAACAGGAUUUAAUGGUCCAGCUUUGACAGCAAGCCCUCCAAAUGAAACUUUUCAUGAAAGGUUGGCAUGGCUACGAAAUGAAAAGCCAACUGUACUGGAGGUUUUGAGGAGAUACCAUUCACUCGCAACUACCAGUGGGAUCCAUGAGGAGUUUUCACAGCACAGUGGGAAAAAUGCUGUGAAAGAACUGCUUUGGCUGCUCAACACCAAGGCAGAGAGCAUAAUACAGCUUGCCAGGAAGAGGAAAAGUGGGGCCAGUGUGGUUUCGCUUGUAAAUGAGAAACUUAAGGAGGUUUCCUGCCAGAGUGAGCAAAAAUAUUGCUACUCAGUUGGUGCUAUCUAUGCACUUUCUCAUAUCUUGAAGGAAAGCGCAGCUGCAAUGUUCACUUCUGAGGAGAAUGCUGUUUACCCGACGAUUAUCAGCCACGACCCUUUCAAGUUCGAGUCAUGCAGUGUCGCUGUAGAAGGUAGCAGGUAUGAAGUCGACGACACCUUGGCUGCAAUAGCUACAGCAUUUGAGCUGUACUGAGUUUUUAACCUUGAAUAUGCGCCAUCAUUGAAACGAACAUGGACGAUAUUGGAGCACUUUUUUGGCCUGAGCCAACAUAAAAAGAAUGGCAUCCUUGUUUCAAGGGUUGUCUCUGACCUCACCCCACAGCCUGAUAAAUGAGCUUAGGGCCAUAGCUGUAAACAGAAUGGCAGGUACCAACCGUACUUGUGUCCAAGUGUGCUCUAUUCAGCUUUUUUUACAAACGUUUGUUUCUUUUUUCUUUUUUAUCCUUGUACACGAAAGUGGUUUUUCAACUUACUGAAGUGCAAUGACAGGAUGCAGAUGUGCAAGCAGAGCACAUUUUUCUCUUAAUUUUGCAUUAUACCUUUAACUUGUCAUGUACCUAGUAUGGUGUGUUGUAUUAUAAU